UGCGAUUUUUUUCUUGCCUUCCGCAAAAAGCAACUCGAGGUGGGGCGGACUGACGGUUUUUUUUUUUACACCAUGCAGUGCCUACGAAAUUGUGGCCAUCGUCUCAAACUAUCGACUUCUUUACGAUCCUUUCGCUCCAUUUGGACAGGGGUGACCUGGCAAGGUCCCGCGAUUCAGGAAUGUGUAAAAACCUGUCUUGAAAGCGGCCAUGUCCAACCUCGACCUGUAGCCGCCGUAGCACUCGUUUCGAAAUCAUUUACCCCGCAAGAAUAUGCCCAUUUGAUCCAACAGGUGCAAAAUCAACUGGCGCCUGAAUUGUUCCUGGGCUGUGUCGUCGAUCGUGUAGCUCGUGUAGAGCACGGAGUGUCGUUGUGGAUGGCUUACGAUGAGGACGUGCAAGGGUUCUUUAUUCAAGACGGCCCUGAACGUCACAAGGUACGCAACAUAUCCGUUGGCCGCUGGGGACGUGUCGAAGAUUACCCAAGUGUGCAGCAUCAGCGAACCAAGUUUGGCCAAGCCGGCUGGGACGCCUUUGACAGCGUCAGCCAACCGGCCCAACAAUAUCUACUGCCAGAGUCAUUGACCGCCAAACAAACAUCGCCCUCUUUUAUCUUUGUCGCCUCCGACAAUGAACCGGAUGAGUUAUUGCAAUCAUUCGAUCAUCAUUAUCCAACUACACCAAAGAUCGGUAUCAUCGGCGCCUCCACACCGUUCUUGACGGGCCAACCAUACACUUUAUUUUACCAAGGGAAAGCCAUGGGUGCAGGCAUUGUGGGUUUGGCGUCAUAUAGAAAGGACAAUCCCAGUCUAACGGUGAUCCACCACGGCCUGGAAAAAAUGGGCGAGCCAUUGAAAAUUACUCGCUGUCGAGGCAAUGUCAUUCUCGAUCUUGAUCAGGCAGGCGCUACGGGGUUAUUGCUCGACUUGCUUCACAGCGGUCCGAGCGGGAAACCCAAGAAGGAUGAAGAGUUUUACCUGGGAGUGUAUCCCGCAGGAGAUACUCAGUUAGAUGAUGCAAAGCUAAGUGUCAACCGUGUCACGAGUGGUGAUCCCUCCAGAGGUAAUAUGUCCGUCGACACCACGGCCGAUUUUGAAGUCGGUCAAACCGUCCAGUUUAUGCGAAAAGUUCCUUGUGAUCCUCAAAGCGUAUUGGAAGCUACAGAAGGAAAAGUGGUGGUCGGUGUGGUGGAUAAGGAUGCCACCAUUGAUGCACUGCCUAUCAAGAAAUCCAGCGAGCACCAGAUGAUUGCCAAUGUAUUUGGUGCAACAAGUGAAAAUGGAGCUAUUGUAGGUCGCCCUUCCCUGCCAACCCAGAUCUUGGAUGUCCCCUAUUCUCAGAUCUCAUUCAAGGCAUAAUUGGCUUUUUUUUUCAUUUUCGAACAUUUAUAUCUUUCAUCCAAAUUGGGGUUUAAUAAUAUCAUAGAAUCACAGGGAAUAGCAAAAAAACACAAAUUU